UAUAUAGUUAGAGGCACAACGAUGACUUGAAAUUGACAGAUAUAGAAUAAUUUUUGACAUAUUGACAUUGACAAAUUAUGUCUCACUUCAUUAGAUUGAUUCUUUUUGAUUGUAGCCCGUGUGGCUGUUAUAUUAGUUCCAUAUUUUAAGUUUUUUAAAUACUAGCAAGUAUGCAAGUACCUCCAGUAUUUAUUGAUAUGUCCCUAGAGGAUCAAGCCCAAGAACUUCGAGUUUAUUUGAAGAGUCUUGGAGCUGAAAUUUCAGAAGAGAAGUCGCCGAAAGGUAUAGAAGAUGAUUUACACAAGAUAAUCGGAGUAUGUGACGCGUGUUUUAAAGAAGGACAAGAAAAUGAUGUAGAAAUGGUUCUGAAUGAUAUAGUAUCCAUAAUGGUAUUGAUUCCAUUAGAUAGGUCUGAAAACAUUAUUUUAGCUUUUUGUGAAAAAUUGACGAAAGCACAAGGUCAAAAAUUGGGCUUAGUUUGUCUCAGAGCUUUGUGGUUGCUCUUCCAGAGCCUUGAUGACCUUUCUCCAAUGCGUUAUCCUGUUUAUUACCAUCUAAUUCAAAUUGCCAAACAAACAGAUUCUGUGAAGUAUGUUUUUCAAGAUAUUGAUCACUUAAAACAACAAUUUUCUAAUUGUCCUCCAUCCAAUGAACAGCUACAAAAACUUUAUAGAUUGUUACAUGAAGUUUUAGUUAAGGCUAAUAACAGUGAACAAGCUGCUUUAGUCAUGAUUGAACUACUCAAAACAUAUACUGAUAAAAAUGCUUCGCUAGCACGUGAAGAUGCAAUUCGUUGUAUUGCAACAGCCUUGGCAGAUCCAAAUACUUUUCUGUUGGAUCCUUUAUUGUCUUUGAAGCCUGUCAGAUCAUUGGAAGGAGAACUAAUACAUGAUUUGUUGAACAUUUUUGUUAGUGAAAACUUGACUGCCUACCUCAAAUUUUAUAAGGAACACCAGGAGUUUGUGAAGGCACAAGGGUUAAAUCAUGAGCAGAAUUUGCAGAAAAUGAGAUUACUUUCUUUCAUGCAGCUAGCUGAAAGUAAUCCGGAAAUCUCAUUUGAUAUCAUUGAAAAGGAACUUCAAAUAAACCCUGACGAAGUUGAGAGUUUUAUUAUUGAAGUCUUAAAGACAAAGUUAGUUCGUGCCAGAAUGGACCAAUCUGGACGAAAAGUAUUUGUGUCCAGCACAAUGCAUAGAACUUUCGGACGAGCACAGUGGCAACAGUUGCGUGAUUUGCUCCACUCUUGGAGGGACAAUCUGAGCACUGUCCAAGAAGGCAUGAAGAGUGUUGCUGCCGCCCAAUUAGAACUUUUGAACCAACAAUAAUGUGUUUUUAAGUUUUCAUAACUUGUAAUAAUAAAAUGUUGAAACUACU